CAGAAAUGAAGACAUCUAUGCUACUUUUGUUCUAUGCCUUGUUAUUAUCAUUGUGUUCGGCACAGGAAGCAAAAACGCACAGUAAAGGGACUAAAGUCAAGAAACACAAACCCCCCAAAAUCAAAGAGGAGGAAGAUGUCCUUGUCCUUACAGGUUCCAACUUUAACCGUGCCCUCAAGGAGCAUAAAUAUUUACUGGUCAAAUUCUACAUUGCCUUAUCUGGGCCUUCACAAACAGUGAAAGAAGAAUUCUCGAUAGCUGCCAGUCAACUAAAGAAAGAGUCAUCAGACGUGAGACUCGGUCAAGUUGAUAUAACUCAAGAAAAAGAUCUUGGGAAGGAGUUUAAGAUAAAGGAAUUUCCAACCAUGAAACUAUUCAUUGAUGGUGAUAGAAGCAAUCCCGUAGAUUGUAAAGGUGUAAGAACUGCAUCUGCUUUUGUCACAUGGCUUCGCAGACGAAUGGGGCAAAGCUUCGUGUACCUCAACACAACCAAUCAGUUAGAAUCUUUCAUUCAGUCUGAUAAAGUGGCGGUAGUUGGUUUCUUUAAGGGUCUGGAGAGUACAAUGCUGGAUCAUUUCGAGGGGGCUGCCAGAGAUAUCCCUGAGUUUCCCUUCGGACUUGUCAGCAACGAAGAGGUUUUACUCCAUGUUGAGAUCACCUCAAAUCUAGUUGCAGUUUACAAAAAGGAUAAACCUGUUAAUUAUCUAAUAUCAGAAGAAGAAAUUGAAAAUAAAUUGGAUCUCAUUCGACUAAUACGAACUUACAUUAUGGAUUUGGUAACAGAGUAUAACUUGGAGACAUCAGUAACUAUUUUCGAUGUCCCAAUCCAAAGUCAUAUCCUUCUGUUUGCCUCCAAAACAUCAGAAUCUUUCAGCACAAUCUAUGAAAAUUAUGAAUUAGCUGCACUGGAGUUCAGAGGGAAAGUAGUCUUUAUUUAUGUUGAUACUGAUGAAACUCGAAAUGGGCGUAUUUUCGAAUAUUUCCGCAUCACAGAAGUUGACACCCCGGCAGUCCGUAUCUUGAACCUGACCAUUGAUACGCAGUAUAGAAUGCCGGCAGAUGAAGUGAAUUUUGCAAAUUUAAGGAAUUUCUGCCAGAGUUACCUGGAUGGAAAAGCUAAGCCCAUAACAGACAGUGAAGAAAUUCCUAGUGACUGGGACAAAAAUCCUGUGAAAGUACUCGUGGGAAAGAACUUUAACCGUGUUGCUUUCAAUAAAACAAUAAAUACCUUUGUCAUGUUCUAUGCACCUUGGUCCCAGGAAUGCCAAGCUCUAUUUCCAAUUUGGGAAGAACUGGGAAAUAGAUAUGAACACAAUAACAAUGUGACUAUUGCCAAAAUAGACUGUACAGCCAAUGAGAUUCAACUCGUAGUACUUGAUCGAUACCCUUAUUUCAGAUUCUUUCCUGCUGGGUCAGAUACCAAGACUAUUCGCUAUAUAGGGGAACACACUAUCAAAGCAUUCACGGAAUUUGUAGAAAAUCAAAUCCAGCUGUCAGAAAAAGAAGAUGAUGUCUUGGACUCGUCUGAACCAAGUAAACCAGGAACUGGAAAUGAAGAGAGACCAGAGAAAGAAGAACUCUAG